ACUCGCGCGGAUCGUCAAUAAGCUGCUGUCAUUUAGGCGACGGACGAAAAGCGUGCGAACGCAAAACCUGCUGGAACCGGAGAAGUUGAGUCGCUUUACCAUGUUAACACUGACUUUAAGACAACUGAUCAAGCCGCUGGUCCGGUGUGUUCCCGCCGUCAGAUCCCAGCACUCAGCGCCGGUGGCGUGGGCCGAUGAUGAGCGCCAGUGGACGGGUCAGGAGAGUCUGGCUCAGGACGACCCGCAGAUGUGGGAGCUUCUGAUGAAGGAGAAGGACAGGCAGUGCCGGGGACUCGAGCUCAUCGCCUCAGAGAACUUUUGCAGUCGAGCGGCUCUCGAGGCUCAGGGUUCGUGUCUCAACAACAAGUACUCUGAGGGAUACCCGGGAAAAAGGUAUUACGGCGGCGCUGAGGUGGUGGAUCAGAUCGAGCUGCUCUGCCAGAAGAGGGCGCUGGAGGCGUUCGAUCUCGACCCGUCGCUGUGGGGUGUAAACGUCCAGCCGUACUCCGGCUCUCCGGCGAACUUCGCCGCUUAUACAGCCGUCCUGAAGCCUCACGAGAGGAUCAUGGGCCUCGACCUGCCCGACGGGGGACAUCUCACUCACGGAUACAUGUCUGACGUCAAGCGGAUCUCGGCCACUUCCAUCUACUUCGAGUCGAUGCCCUACAAACUCAACGUGAGUCUGUGAGUCUGUGAGUCUGUGAGUGUGUGAGUGUGUGAGUGUGUGAGUGAGU